CGGCGGCGCGGGGCGGCAUGGCGGGCGCGCUGGGCGUGGGGCCGGGCGUGCUGGCGCUGCUGCUGCUCUGGGCCAUGGCGCUGCUGCUCGUGACGGCGCUGGGCCGCGCCGGCCGCGCCCGGCUCGGCGCGGUGCCCGUGGUGCUCGGAGCCGCCGCGCUGACGGCCGCGCUGCUGCUGUUCCCCCGGGAGAGCGAGAGCCCGGCCCCCGCCGGCGCCGAGGAGGGAAUCAGGGCUGGAGGUUUGUGGCUGGGGAGAACUGCUUCAGGGCUUGACUGCUGCCUCUUCCCUGUGCUCAGAGCUGUGCUGCUCCACAUUAACAUUCCCAGCAGCUUUUGCAGGGAUUCUUGUUCUCCUUUGUCGCCCACUGUGCAUCCCAGGGAUGAAAGGUUGUGGACACCUUCCUCAUUGGCCGCUUCAUCCUCCUGGCUGUGAUGAGCCUGGUGUUCCUCGGGUGCCUGUUCCUGUUCCUGGUUUACCACCUCAUGGAGCCUGUGUAUGCCAAGCCGCUCCACAGCAGCUAGAGACAGCAAUCCUGCAAAGAGGACAUCCUGAUUGCAUGGGAGUAAACCAGAAGAGACACCAGGAGGCUGCUCUGGAGGUGACCUUGGUGUUCUGAAAGAGCCAGCGAAGCAAGUGAAGCCUUUGCUUUGUCUUAAAAAGCAAAGUUUGGUCUGAGCAUGAGCUCCUUCCUCCCCAGGGGUUCAAGCCUCUGCAGCUGCAAAGGUGUGAAUAUCUGAAUGCUGCUCUCAUUUAUAGAGAGCUGAGAUCCAGCACUUGGUGCUGCUCCUCAUUCAGUGCCCUGAACUGAGCUGAGAUGGUUUGUUAUUGUUACCCACAAGAGAUGGGUAGAGCAAACAAACAAACAAGUAACAAACAAGAGCAGUUUGCUACUGCUCCUUUUUCACUGUGGUUUAAUAAAACUCUUUG